ACCGACUAGCUGUUUCUAGUGAAAUGUUUCUCGUGUAAACUAACGCUGUUUGGUUAUAACGCGAACUCUUUCGUGUUGUGCUUUUGAUUUUGUUUUAGUAAAUAGUUGUUUUUAAACGGCCGUUUUCAUCACCCGCUCUCACUAAACCACUUUACGACGCGGUUUGUCGGGAGGGAGGUUAAAAAAAACACAAGAGGAAGCAGUAGCCGACCAUCUUUAUUCUUCGGCCAGCAAUAACAAGAAAGAGACGAAGCUAGACCCAAGUAGCAUCGAGUAGUUAGUAAUUUAUUAUGUUUUAAACUGGAUUUUGUUUUUAAACUGGGUAAAAACCGGCUUGUGUCAAGGCAGACAAAAGCUCUCGGACAACAUUUGCUUUCCUCCUCCUCCCCCCUGGCUGCUCCACGACAAAAGUCUGGAAGUUUCGGAUCAAGAAGACUGGCUGUGAAGAAUUAGUAUUCCCGUUUUUUCAUGUUUCCAACAGGUUUAUCUUCCCCUAACCCCCCACCACCGCCAACCCAGGAGGCCAGAGCCGCGACCACCGAUGUCAAAGCCGACAGCGGAAACAUCACAUCUCCCAAGAAGAGGAAAAUAAACGGCUCCGAGAGGGAAGACACCAGCGACGCGAUCUCCUCUUCCCCCUCCAAAACCCUGAAUUCCUCCUCUUCCUCCUCCUGCUCUCCCAGCCUGCACAUUCAGAAGAAGCUGAGGUUCGAGGAUUCGGUGGAUUUCAUUGGACUGGAUGUGAAAAUGGCCGAGGAGGCUGCCUCCGCCGCCGCUUCGUGCUCCAAUAACAAAAGCAAAGCCGUGUUCCUGGCCGGAGGCGUGGGGCACCACGCAAACGGACUGACCAAGACCGCAGGAUCCGGCACCUUCUCCAGCAGCAAACCUGGAGCUGCCAAGAAACUAGUCAUCAAGAACUUCAGAGAAAAGCCAAAGUUACCUGAAAACUACACACAGGAGACCUGGCAAAAGCUGAAAGAAGCAGUAGAGGCCAUACAGAACAGCACUUCAAUCAAGUACAAUUUAGAAGAACUUUACCAGGCCGUGGAAAACCUCUGCUCCCAUAAGAUAUCUGCCAAACUCUACAAACAGCUCAGGGUCGUGUGUGAAGACCACAUCAAGGCACAGAUCGAUCAGUUCAGAGAGGAUGCCCUGGACAGUGUGCUUUUCCUGAAGAAAAUUGACAAGUGCUGGCAAGAUCACUGCAGACAAAUGAUCAUGAUUAGGAGUAUAUUUUUGUUUUUGGAUCGCACCUAUGUUUUACAAAACUCUAUGCUGCCAUCAAUCUGGGAUAUGGGUCUGGAGCUGUUCCGGUUCUACAUCAUCAGUGAUCUGAAGGUCCAGAGUAAAACCAUUGACGGGAUUCUGCUGCUCAUCGAGAGGGAGCGAAACGGAGAGGCCAUAGACCGCAGUCUGCUGAGGAGCCUGCUGAGCAUGCUCUCUGACCUUCAGAUUUAUCAAGACUCCUUUGAGCAGCGCUUUUUGGAGGAAACUAAUCGGCUGUACGCUGCAGAGGGACAGAGGCUGAUGCAGGAAAGAGAGGUACCAGAAUAUCUCCAUCAUGUCAACAAACGCUUGGAGGAGGAGGCCGACAGAGUAAUCACAUAUCUCGACCAGAGCACACAAAAACCCCUCAUUGCUACUGUGGAGAAGCAGCUCCUGGGUGAACACCUCACCGCAGUUUUGCAAAAAGGGCUGACUCACCUGCUGGACGAGAACAGAAUUCAGGAUCUGUCUCUCCUCUAUCAGCUCUUCAGUCGAGUGCGAGGUGGUGUUCAGGUGCUGCUGCAGCACUGGAUUGAAUACAUAAAGGCUUUUGGAAGCACAAUCGUAAUCAACCCUGAAAAAGACAAAACAAUGGUGCAGGAACUGCUGGACUUCAAAGAUAAGGUGGAUCACAUCAUUGACGUGUGUUUCUUGAAGAAUGAGAAGUUUGUUAACGCCAUGAAGGAGGCUUUCGAAACGUUCAUCAACAAAAGGCCAAAUAAACCUGCAGAACUUAUUGCAAAACAUGUUGAUUCAAAGCUGAGGGCAGGAAACAAAGAGGCUACAGAUGAAGAACUGGAGAAGAUGCUGGAUAAGAUCAUGAUUAUCUUUAGAUUUAUCUAUGGAAAGGACGUUUUUGAGGCUUUUUACAAAAAGGAUUUGGCCAAAAGGUUGUUGGUUGGAAAAAGUGCCUCUGUAGAUGCUGAAAAAUCAAUGUUGUCAAAGCUGAAACACGAAUGUGGAGCAGCGUUCACCAGCAAAUUGGAGGGAAUGUUCAAGGACAUGGAGCUUUCUAAAGACAUAAUGGUGCAAUUCAAACAGUACAUGCAGUGCCAAAACAUUCCCGGCAACAUUGAGCUGACGGUGAACAUCCUCACUAUGGGUUACUGGCCAACUUAUGUCCCGAUGGAAGUCCACCUUCCUCCUGAGAUGGUGCGGCUGCAAGAGAUCUUCAAAACUUUUUACCUGGGCAAACACAGCGGCAGGAAGCUGCAGUGGCAGUCAACGUUAGGUCACUGUGUCCUAAAAGCCGAGUUCAAAGAGGGCAAGAAGGAGCUGCAGGUGUCACUUUUUCAAACGCUUGUGCUGCUGAUGUUUAACGAAGGGGAGGAGUUCACUCUGGAGGAGAUCAAACUGGCCACAGGAAUAGAGGACAGCGAACUGCGUCGGACAUUGCAGUCGCUUGCCUGUGGAAAAGCACGAGUGCUCACCAAACUCCCCAAAAGCAAAGAUGUGGAGGAUGGGGACAAGUUUUCCUGCAACGAUGACUUCAAACACAAGCUGUUCAGGAUUAAAAUAAACCAGAUUCAGAUGAAAGAGACGGUGGAGGAGCAAGCCAGCACCACAGAACGGGUCUUUCAGGAUCGUCAGUACCAGAUCGAUGCCGCUAUCGUGCGGAUAAUGAAGAUGAGGAAGACUCUGAGCCAUAAUCUUUUGAUGUCGGAGGUGUACAACCAGCUCAAGUUUCCUGUUAAGCCUGCUGACCUAAAGAAGAGGAUAGAGUCUCUUAUUGACAGGGACUAUAUGGAGCGUGACAAGGAAAACUCCAACCAGUACAACUAUGUGGCCUAGAGAGGAAAAGAAACACAGUUGGUUCUGUUAGAUCAAAAGGUGAUCGGCCUCUAAAUCUUUUGCUCCCGUGGACGUUAACCAUCAUCAUCUUCAAACCCAACGACCGACAAGUGAAUGGCUACUGCUCCACAGGGUUUUCGUCAGGGGUCUUAUGAUCCUGUGGAUUGCAUGCCCAUAGAAAAGAGAAAAUCAUCCAUAUUUCCCAGUGCCUCUGAGAGAGUUGGAACAAAGAAGACGCACAGUUCAGUUUGCUCUUUUUUUUAAAUGGAGAGGAAAUAUAUUUAUUUUCUGACUUAGAUCCUUUGUCCAUAGUUUGAAUCAACGUGCUUUUUAUUUUUAAGCCCGUUUCUUUUUUUUCUCAUCCAGUAUUCCAAGGUAAUGCUGACACACCUAUCGAUUCUCUAAAUGUGAGCAAGAAGCAUUUGAAAGAAAACAACAAACAUUAAACUAAUGCUUGUUACUUCAGUCAUUGUUGAAUGUGGAACUGCUGGGCUAACCUUCACAGCUGAGAAUUACUAGUUUGGGAAGUGUGUGUUUAUUCUGUGAUCCAUCUUUAGGUUUUAAAGACUGUCGGUCAUAUGAUUUAAAAAAAAAAAAAAAAAAACUGUGAUCGCAAACACAAAUUAUACUCCAAACCAGAGUUUGUGCCAAAAGGGAGCACUUCUUUUGUUUAAAGUUGUUUUCAAGCUGCUACGUCAGUUCAGUUGUUCAAGUAUUUGCAUACAAUAUUAUUUGUUUCAGUUCAUUGUUAUUGUGUCAUUUUACAGCUGUUGAUAAAAGUUUUUUGUUAACACUUGCGUAUAUUUAAAAGCACAUCACUGUUAGGUUUUUCUGUGCAGUAAUGGAUUCUGUUUUUCUUCUUUUUUCCAAAUCUCCAGCAGGCCUAGAUUAUGCUCAACACUUGGGGGGGGAAAUAGACAUUUCUUUGUAUGAGUCUGUUAGAUUUAUUGUUUUAACAUUAAAAGAACUCUUUCAA